AGGUGUUUUGGGUCCCUCUGAUCAUCAAAUCGCCAUGAAGAUUGAAGUUGUGGCCGUGUUGCUGUUGGUUGUGACCAUCAGUGCAGAAGUCUCCAAUGAUGAAAACAAAGAGAAGAAAGGGCAGUGCCCAAUGGAUUAUAUAAGGACCCACCCAGAAACCAUGGAAAAGGUCAAAAAUCAUUUCAUGAAACAUGGUCACAAAUGCGAAUCUGGUGAAGGUGGAGAAGGGUGCUCUCAGAAAGGGAACCAUGGGCAAAAAGGGGAACAUGGACAAAAAGGAGAACAUGGUCAUAAAGGGGAACAUGGACAAAAAGGGGACCACGGCCCACAAGGGAAGCAUGAUCCAAAAGGUCAUUCAAAGCAAUUUCCCAACUUCAGCCGUCUGGCAAGCUGUGCCAAAGAUGAUGAAUGCACCAACAACACAAUCUGCUGUGAAACACCAUGUGGAAUGAAGUGUGUGAAAGCAGUUGUAUCUGAAAAAGACCUGAAGUGGCUUCAACAUCAAGAUAAAGAAUCCAAACGCAAUAAACGUGAAGCUGAGGAAGAAACGAAAGAUGUAAAGGCAGAGGAAGGACAAGUAAAUGAGAAGGGAGAUGUGCAAGCCAAAGAGAACGACAAGGGGUCAGAUUCUGAGUCUAAGACUGAAGAGCAUGGAAAGGGCACUGGGAAAGGGAAAAAGCACGGAAAAGGAAAAAAACACAGGAAAGGAAAAGGGGAGGAUGAAGAGAAUGAGAAUGAAGAACAGGAUGAAGGAGAAGGGAAGAAACAUAGGAAAGGUAAAAAACAUGGGAAGGGACAUGGGGAAGGUGAAGAGAAUAAGAAUGGAGAGCAGGGAGAAGAAGGGAAGAAACACAGUAAAGGUAAAAAACAGAGGAAAGAAAAAGGGGAGGAUGAAGAGAACGAGAAUGAAAAACAGGUUGAAGGAGAAGAGAAGAAACAUAGGAAAGGUAAAAAACAUGGGAAGGGACAUGGAGAAGGUGAAGAGAAUAAGAAUGGAGAGCAGGGAGAAGAAGAGAAGAAACACGGUAAAGGUAAAAAACAGAGGAAAGGAAAAGGGGAGGAUGAAGAGAAUGAAGAAAAGGUUGAAGGAGAAGGGAAGAAACAUAGGAAAGGUAAAAAACAUGGGAAGGGACAUGGAGAAGAUGAAGAAAAUAAGAAUGGAGAGCAGGUAGAAGAAGGGAAAAAACACGGUAAAGGUAAAAAACACAGGAAAGGACAUGGGGAAGGUGAAGAGAAAGGGCAUGAAGAGCAGGGAGAAGGAGAAGAGAAGAAACAUAGGAAAGGUAAAAAACACAGGAAAGGGAAUGGGGAAGGUGAAGAGAAUGGGAAUGAAGAGCAGGGAGAAAGACAAGGGAAGAAACAUGGGAAAGGUAAAAAACAUGGGAAGGAAAAUGGGAAAGGAGAAGAGCGAGGGAAGGAACACAAGGAAGACGCAACACCUACUAGAGGAGAAGAACAAGUAAGGCAAAAAAGAUCCCAUGGAAAACCUCCAGGACAUAAAAAAGGGAAUCACCAAGGAGUGAACGAUCACACAGGGAAAGGGAAUCACACAGAAAAUAACUAA